AUGUCGAUCGGCCUGUCAUCUCCGGCGCGGUACUCGCUUAGCUACGUUGAUUCGUUACUCACCGAUUUCACCCAGUAUCCUCAAAAAUCCAUUCAAUUUGUUUUCCAACGACUACUUGUUACUUGUGGUGCGGACUGUGGUUCGCCAGCGGUGCAUUGCGCGCGGGUACUUCUCUCCGCUGUAGGAUUUGGUCAACCUCUUCCACCUGGGCCGCGUAGAUCACUGGACGAGUCUACUGCAGCCCAGCUUAUAUUUUUGAUUGUCAAGUUUGCAACAGAAGAGCAACCAAGCAGAAGCGUCCUCGAGCUUGCCGGCGCUCGGAAUAUCUUCAACGCCCUCACCGACAGAGUCAGCGCAGAGCUUCAAGAAGCUGAAGCGACCAACGACGGUCAACUUCCGCUAUUGGUUCAGUCUGUGUCAUCGAAGGUUCUUCCAUCUGCAUCUGACGUUCAACUCUGCCUUUUCUGGGUUUCCGUCACUCCAGGGAAAGCAGCAAGUUUAAUAAACCCAUUUAUUGGCCAAUUGCUACAUAAUUUCUUCGUCAUCAUCGUAUCUAGUAAGGAGAGAACAGUAAUUCGGACAGAGUUUGUAAUUCGUUGCAUCACUGCGUACUUGGAGGGCGAUUUCGAUAUCGGUACACCAGUGAUAACGUUUUUGCGAAAUCACAUCGCCGAAGACAAAAAACAUAUCUUUAACUCGUACCUCGGCCAAGUCAUAGCAAAAGCGGCAAAAUUCUCCGCUGAAGUCGACAACGAAGCCCUUAUAACGCAAGUGGAGCAACUUUGUGCAACUGGGACUUAUAAUUCGGCAGCAAAGAAAGCGCUGUUCGAAACGUCGAACAUGCUGCUGGUCGGAGUGGUACAGGGAGCUGGCAGGUCAUGUACGGCCAGUGAAGAGGCGUUUCGUGCACGUUUGAAUGAGAUGACGAUGACCGAGGCUGCUUGUUUCACUCCAUCAACAGUUGCUUUGGCAUUGGUGUCCUUCUUGGAUGGCGGCCCGAGCAAAACGUCAGCGCAAGCAAAGCGUCAUGCAAGCUUUGAAAGAGCCGGUCCAGGUGUAUCAGAGCUAGACGUUCCGGAAGAUCCACCGUGGAAUGGGAAAGUUUUUGCAUCAGUUGUCAACGAGAUGAAUCCAAAUCUUGACUGGUACGAGGUAUUUGAUCGGCUGGAUGAUGUACAAAUGCUAGUUACACGACGACAAUCUCUUAUUACUCUUAUUGAUGCAUUAAAAACUGGACUCAGGGAUAAGCCAUUUCCUAUAGCAAAAUUAUAUACGAAAUGGCGGUGCAGGGAAGGACAACUUUCACUGAUAUCAUGUAUGCUCGAAAAUCCUGAUGUAUUCUGCAUAGCUGACUAUCCACAUAGGACUGUACCGACAGGCACGCUAAAAAGUACCCCCGAUGAAAGCGAUCGACUGCUGGCCUCGUGGUGCUGUGUGGAGCUGACGGAGGUUUUGUUAACGAUGGCUGGCGAACAAAAUGUUCAGACGGCUGCUAUUCGACUACUACAUAGUGCCUUAGAAAAGUGGCCGGAUGUGGUGCUGCUAGCAUUGUUUCAAAUACCGCCCCCUGUCACGGAUCUACGUCAAAAAUUUAUCGAGAUGAUUCUACCGGUCUUCAUUCAUCAUCACACCAACGCCGUAUCAGUAUUAAAUGCGAUUUGGAAUAGUGAGGUCCUGCCACGAACGACCGUACACAACAUGAUCAUCAAUGCCUUCUUAGCUUUCCAUGCGAAAGCACCGGAUGACCAACAAAGACUAGCUAGGAUUUUAGAUAUUGCAAACGAAUUGAAACCGGGUGGUCUGGCGGAGCUAUUCAGUUGCCCUCAUGUGCCGUUCAUUGUAGAAAUGGGUUUACUUGCAUCAAAACGGGAUUAUUUAAAAUUGGACAAGUGGCUUGAGGAUAAAUUCAUCGAAUUAGGAGAUCCUCUCGUUGAUAGUGUGAUUACACAGCUUCAAAGACGCCUUUUUACGCCGGCUUCCAGCCAUUCGCUAUCACCAGAGACUUUUUCGAUCAUGAUGACUUUUCUCAGGAAUCAUGCAGCAAAAUUAUCACCGCUUUCGAAACAGAAGUACGUGGCGCUAACGGAAAAACUCAAGGAGAUCCAACAGCAACAGAUUUUACUACAAGUUCAUCGUACUGGAAUCGCUGGAGAUUGGCCGCCGGUUCUUGAGGACCAACCAAAUUAUUCGAAAAUCCAGCAUUCGUUCAUUUGCAAGAACAAUUUCUGCGAGAUGGAACAGUUCUUGAAGAUAAAAUCCGUUCUGUGUGUUGGGUUCUGUGCAUUUCGUCAGUGCUGUGCAAUCGAUGUAAGCGACGAGUCAGUGCGUUUUGUGGAUUCUCAAUCGUAUUCAACUAUCGUCGAUUUUCCUGAAUUACUAGUGAUCCGGCUGAGUGAUGAGGGAAUCCUCAGCACGGAGUUCAUCGGUCGACCGCCUGGAGCCGGAGGACCACCACCGCAGUCAAUGCCACCGCCUCCACAACCAUUUCCUCCGAAUGGCGCCGGCGCCCCACCACCGCCUCAUAAUCUACUGGCGAUGCAGGCUGGCCCCCAACAGCCUGUAUCGAAUCCAGUGGGACUAGGUUCGAUGUUUGGUAGCAGUGCCUUCGGAGGAAGUCAAGACUUGUUAAGGUCUGCACACCCUGCUGCAAGUCAACCAUUCGGUGGACAACCUAUGGCCAUGUCACCGUCAUCACAGAUGAUGCGAUCUGGUAUGCCACCAGCUCCACAACGACAGAAUUCUGCUAGUGGAGUGGGCUGGCAGAUGGGAGGCCCUCCUGGUCAACAACGAGGUCCCCCAACGCCAUCACAACAAAUGGACUUUCAGCCACAACCGCCGCCUACAUCAUCACAGGUGGACUUGCGCUCCGCUCCAAUGCCUCUAGGCGCUGGUCCAGUAGUUAUCGAUGACAUGAAUUUUCCAAAAGAUGUUCAAGAUGAAGCCAACAUGUACUUUGAACAGAUUUAUAACCAGUCAUCUAUGGUUGGUGACCUGAUAAUGCGCUUGAAAGGGUUGAAAAUGUCCCAAAAUCCUAGAGAUCAGAAAGUGUUGGCAUGUGUAGUUAAAAACCUGUUCGAGGAAUAUCGAUUUUUCCAUGAGUAUCCUGAAAGAGAACUAAGGACAACGGCAGAGAUCUACGGAGGGAUCAUUCGGGAAGGAAUCAUCAGUAAUUUGCAUUUCGCUACGGCUGUACGAAAAGUCAUCGAAUCGCUGCAGUCAGAAGUAGGAAGUAUGUUGUGGACGUUUGGAAUAGUUUCAUUGACAGCGUGCCGCUCAAAGCUGUGCUCAUAUCCAAAGGUCUGCUCCAUGAUCGCUCAACACGAGAAUUUUUCGAAAUUCCCGCCAGGACUCAAGGAAUACGUUUUGGCUGGUUUGAAAGGCGAGCUUCCAGUACAAAACAUCGCACCUCCACCUAUGGACUCGACCGGACGAUCCACACCUCCACUCAGUUGGACACCCACGCAAAGGUCGUCGAGUACGGAAAGUGCUAAGGCGACAACAAGCAGCACCAGCGUAGGGAGCACCAAUCGAACUGGAAACUCCGUACUAUCAUACACCAAUGUCGACACACUGGUUUCUGCUACUGAAAAGGAAGGAGCAGAAGUAGCACAGCCUGAGACAGCUGUUGUCGAUAAAGUACUAUUCUUGUUCAACAAUUUGUCGCAGAGUAAUAUGACAACAAAAAAGGAUGAGGUGCUAGCACUGAUAGAUGAACAUGGCGAGCCUUUUAUCCGGUGGUUUGCUCAGUAUGUGGUGAUGAAGCGGGUAUCGAUUGAGCAAAACUUCUUGCCGCUCUAUAAUCAAUUCAUCCAAGCGAUAAAUCAUCCGCUUCUGGAUACGCAUAUCAAGCGGGAGACGUUCAGGAACAUCAGGAUUCUGCUUCGCUCGGACAAACGGCAAGCUGCGUCCAACUACAGUGACCGUCAACUACUGAAAAACCUUGGAAUGUGGCUAGGGUCGAUCACGAUAGCACGAAAUAAACCGAUUCUGAUACAUGAGUUGGAUCUGAAAGCUUUGCUGAUGGAAGCGUAUUACAAAGGGCAACAAGAGCUACUAUUUGUCGUACCUUUUAUCGCGAAAAUUCUUUUUUCGUGUGGCAAAACACAGUUGUUCAGUGCAACGUGCGCUUGGAUACGCUCUAUAUUAAAAGUCUUAGCCGAACUGCACAAUGAGCCCGAUUUAAAGAUCAACUUGAAGUUCGAAAUAGAGGUGCUGUGCAAGGAACUGUCGGUGGAUUUGGAGUCGCUACCAGUUGAGGGUAUCCUGAAAGACACGGACCGUCUUGUGAGGGUCACACAACAGUUAUCAGAUCUGAAGACGUUACAACAGCCCGAUCAAGCGAACAGCAGUCCAGUUCCGGGACAAAUGAGACUAGCACCGGAUUCCGUGUCAGUACCCGGUGUGGAUACAAAGCCAUCCACACCAAACCCGGAAUCGGAUGGGUCAUCAGCUAUCGUUGAAGGAGGUGCUGGGGCUGUGAUAAUACCGCCGCUUCAUUUUGCAUAUCAUGAUAUCAAUGUGACUUCUUAUGAAGGGCUCAUACCUCAUAUUAAGGUUCAACUGUCACUGCCGUUGUUUCAGCUUCACCCUCAGAUGAAACACCAUGUUCGACCGGCCCUCACGCAAGCCAUCAAAGAACUCAUAGGUCCUGUGGCUGAAAGAGCGCUGAAGAUAGCUAUGAUCGUCACUGAAACCCUUGUACGCAAGGAUUUCGCUCUCGAUCCAGAUGAGAACAACAUGAAAAAAGCAGCUUUCCAUAUGAUGCGUGCGAUGACUGCUGGAAUGGCGAUGAUCACGUGCCGCGAUCCUCUUGCCGGAACGAUGGUGUCAUUGUUGCAGCAAUCGUUCACCAACUCGUUGCGUACUUCGAACACCGAACUGUCAAAAAUGAUCGAGGAAGCGGCGAGAGUAAUCACGCAAGAUAAUAUCGAGCUAACAACGAACUUCAUUGUGAAGACAGCUUGCGAAAAGGCAGCAGCAGAACUGGAGAAACGUCUCGAUGGCGAAGCGGCUCGACGGCUCGCUGUUCGACGCGAAGGCGCCGAAUGGCAUGAUGCCGCUAUGGAGAAGAUACAGGCCGAGCUGCCUCCUCGAAUAGCUGUGCAAGUCGGCCCGACGCGGAAAGAGCACAUUGCUAUUUACGAGCAGUUCAGCAGUCGGAUUUGUGGCUUUAAACCAACCAUCAGUGAUGAAUCGUCAGCAUCUGCUAUGGAAACUGUGAAUAGAACGAUGACAUUACCGGAAACAGCAAAGGAGGUGGAGCAGCUCACUCAGCAAUUGAAUAGCAUUAUCAAGGAGGUGGAUAUAACUAUGCAAGCUCAACCGAAUCCUACGAAUAAGGCCUUCCAAGGAGUGGGUGCCAUCAGAGAUCUGUUGUCACAGUUAGCUUCGAACCCACGUGAUUCCAUGACAGUUGUGAAUCUCAUCACAAGAUCCGUAGAACAUCUUCUCCAUGCCUAUCAUGUUGAUAGCACGUCGAAAGCUCUUGACGUGGAAUGGGCCAGGAGACUUCGGGAUUUGUUCCUGGGAGUAUGUCGUGUACUCCUAACACAGUUCACUAUCGCUGAUUUGUCAAGACGUAUCACUGGAAGUAUCGUAAAUGUGAGAAUGGAUUACAAGUGGAACGUAGAGGCCAUUGAGGUACUGCUAAAACAUCAGCUAGUACAGACGCAUGUCUUCGAUCAGCAUUUGGCCCAUGUCAUGGAUGGAGGUUCGAAUAUGGAGGCGACAUUGUUCGCACAAAGGUUCUUCCGCCUUAUUGGGUUUAACGAUGCAGCUAGGAUGCCUGUGAUCAAGGAGGCUUUCCCAGCAACUUACGAACAGCUCCUUAAAAUGCAACAAAUGCAAGCCCUUCUACGGCAGCAAGCUGCAGCCGCCGGAUCCACGGAACCGAAUCUUGAUUCUCCUCUGGGACCUGCUGCAAUGGAUGCCAUUGUAGCGGCUACUGCAGGACCUGGAGUACCGCCGGCAGUGCAACCUUCAGCAGAAGAACCUGGAAUGUCGGACAAGGUCGAGAUCAUUCUGAGAGAAUGGAUUGGACUGUGCUACACACCAAUGGCUCAAAGAAAUCCGAAAGAAGCCUUGUUCCAAAUGAUUGUGAUGAUGCAUGAACACGGUGUACUAUCUGGUGAUGAGAAAAUCUCCCAGUUCAUACGUAUGUGCACCGAAAUGUGCGUUGAUGUUGCGUUGAGACUCUUGAAAACUGACGCCACAGCUCCAGUUAGCCAAUCUAACAUUGUACGUCAACGAUGCUACUACACUCUCGACGCCUUUGUGAAGUUGAUGGCGCUCAUGAUCAAGUAUUCGGAUGGAGGAAGCGCUUCACCGUCAGGAACAUCGAAAAUAGCGCUACUGAAGAAGGUCCUACACAUCAUCACAAGUGUAUUGCACGUCGACCAUGAAGUCAGAAGACACGAAUUUAACGCCAUGCCCUAUCAUCGGAUACUCAUCACGUUAUUCAUCGAGCUAACCACACCAGAUGGGUCAAAUCUGGAAUCGAUUGCAUGGUCGAUCAUCGAGGCUUUUGGACAGAACGCACUCUUUUUGCUCCAACCCCGUCGAUGUCCAGCAUUUGCCUACGCCUGGCUUGAUUUCGUAGGUCAUAGAGCUGUGAUUGGAGCGCUUUUGGGAGGCAACGGUUUUGCUGAAAAUGUAGACCCAAUGAAAACGUCAGCCAUGUACACACAGUUGUUAAUAUGUCAUCUGAAGUUCCUCGCACCGUUCCUGAGGAAUAUUCAUCUACCGAAGUCGAUUGCGGUGUUGUACAAGGGAACAUUGAGAGUGCUGCUGGUAAUCCUGCAUGAUUUCCCUGAACUUCUGUGCGAAUAUCACUAUGUGAUAAUAGACACAAUCCCACCGAACUGUGUGCAACUCCGAAAUCUUGUCUUGUCUGCGUAUCCACGCAACAUGAGGCUUCCAGACCCGUUUGCGUUGAAUUUCAAGCAAGUAGACAGUAUUCCGGAGAUGGCGAUAGAGCCCAAAUCUAAUCUGAAUAUGGCUUCGAUCAUACCAGAUUCCAUCCGAUUACCCCUGGAUGCUUACCUGAGGACAAGAUCUGCAGUUGAUUUCUUGUCAGCGCUGCCAGGAAUGUUGCAAAUAUCCGAGAAUCCCGGAUCGAAGUAUAACAGCACAGUGAUGAACGCAAUGGUACUAUACGUUGGAAUGAAAGCCAUCGAAAGUCUUCACGAGCGUCGUCAACGUAUUUCCAUCCAUACGAUUGCUCAUACAGCUUUCAUGGAUAUUUUCCAAAAUCUUGCUGUUCAGCUGUGUACUGAGGGUCGAUAUCUUUUGUUUAAUGCUAUCGCGAAUCAACUACGCUAUCCUAAUGCACACACUCACUACUUUAGCUGUGUUUUCUUGUUCUUAUUCCUGAAUUCGGACCACGAUGCGAUUCAGGAACAAAUCACUCGAAUUCUGUUCGAACGUCUGGUAGCACUUCGCCCUCACCCAUGGGGUCUGCUGAUCACAUUCAUCGAACUAAUCAAAAAUCCUGUGUACAACUUCUGGAAGUACGAAUUCACCCGGUGCGCUCCUGAAAUAGAGCGAUUAUUCCAAAAUGUGGCGAACACUUGUGUCACAGCACGUCCAGCUGAUUCAGAGGCGAGCAAAGCUUGA